AGGCAAUCAAACGUCAAAAUUACCCCCCACUAGAGGGCGCUGAAACUUGGGGUGAUGUUUUCAUUAUAACCUACAGCGAGUAAAUUGGUUUGAAAUUUGAAAUUGUUUUAUUUCAUCAUAAAAUCGACAUUAAUAGCAAAUUAUACCAUUUUCAGGUAAGAAAUAAAUAGCUUAAUUGAUAUAAACGAAAAUAUUUUUGUUAUGGCCGAUUUAACCUGUUCAUUAUCUGAUUCAAAAUAAGGGAGUUUUUUAAUCAACCAAAACCUAACUAAUCAAUUGAGAAUGUAGAUUAUUCAAGUGGACAAAUAUUUUUUAAAGUCACUUCUACCAUAAAAGCAAAGAUCUGCUUGAAAAAUGAUAAUUGGAUUGAUUUUCAAAAUUAGCAAUCUAACCUCAUUCUCGCGUUUUCAAUCCGGAUCUCAGAAUUUUCAAUGAAAAAGGCAACUUAGCAAAAAAAUCAAAAAGUCAGUCGAUACAACUUUUUAUUUCUUACCUCCUGUUAACUUUAUUUUAUUCCAAAAGAUCAAUUUUCUUUUAAAAAACCUUAGAAUAGUUUUCACUCCCCUUUGCACCUAUCGCGCAAAAACGUAAACGUAACCUUGCACCAAAGUUCUCCUACUCGAAUGUAGGUGGCGAAUAGAGUUAUUAGCUUUGGUUUUGGGGGCCUAUCGUGAUGAAAUUCGUGUUUUGAAAAUUUGGGUUGUGUAAAAAUUGUUUGUGCUUCCGUGUUUGCUAAACCGUUGUCCACAACCAUCACAAUGACCACCGGCAGCUGGUCGCACGCGCUGAUCCGGGACAUGAAACUUCCGGCGAACCAGUUCAUGAGGACCGAGGUGGCUGUGGUGAUGCGCGACAAGUACCCGAAGGCAAUGCACCAUUUUCUGGUAAUUCCGUGGGCCGACAUCGAUUCCGUUUAUCAGCUUAGUCCGGCGGACAUUCCGUUGCUGCACGAGAUGCGAUUGCUUGGAGUGAAUGCAAUUGAAACGACGGGGAAAUCGUACGACCGCUUCCGGUUGGGAUUUCACAUGAAACCGAGCAUGCACCGGUUGCAUCUGCACGUUAUUUCCCAGGAUUUUGUGUCGGACCGGCUUCGCUACAAGGAACAUUUCAACAGCUUUGUCACGGAGUUCUUUAUGCCGUUUGAAAGCAUUGUUCUGGAGCUGCAAGAUAAAGGACGGAUAGAGCGGAGAUCGCAGGAACUGAUCGAACAUCUUCUGCGUCUUCCGCUGGCAUGUAACCAGUGCGCGUUCCCGUGCAGUACGCUACCUCAGCUCAAGAAGCACCUGGAGAGUCACCUCGACAGUUAACCCAAUCUAGCUCAUUUGAUUAGGCCAUAAUAAAGUUUACAUUUCCAAGCCCGAAAACCACCAUUUUGUUCCAAAAGAAAGGAAACUCAUUUAUGUGUUCAAAGAAUGUACGAGAGAUUCGAGGCUGGGACCGACACGUGGUUUUAGUCGGUUCAGCACGGGGAUAAUUUCUCGGUUACUGUAUCUGCUUUGAUCGAGGCCAAGACUAUCCGGGAGCCAGGGCCCCUCAAAUAUAGCAGAAUAGGUGCAAUUCUAAAUGAAAGUGGUCAUAGAACCAUAUCUUUCUAACUUUUAGGCAAUCCAUAGAAACGUUCCGUUUUUACAGAUUACGACAAAAGGUAGCCAUUCUGGAUCAUGGACCACUUCCAGCAGAAAUUCCGUUUCACUUCCAGGAACAAACAGGUGGUCUUUGGGUUUCGAGAGGUUUGACGCUAACAAAAUGGCGCGUAACAGGAUGCUUCUUGCUGGAGCUGGACACGAGGCACACAGCGUCUUGGACUGGAACGGCACACGGCGACGACGACGUAACAGGUUCGGUGGUUGGCACUGGAAAGAGGGUUU